CUGCCACAAAACACAGAAACAGACUGAAGUGAGCGACAACGAGAACGACGACGACCCCACGGAAAGACAAAAAGAAAGAAAGAAGAUAAAAAAACGUCUCAGCUGCAAAACCAAAUAAGAAAUAAUUAAAUUUGGUGACGAGAACGCGAGACGAGACACAAACACAAAAUUACGGGAGCAGGAAAAAACGUAUUUGUUUCCAAAACAAGUGAAUCUAAAAUCAAAUAAAAAAAUAUCAUACAAUUCCGGUGCAAGUUGCAGCAAGAGUUGUGUAAAAGUUGGAAGUUCCAAGGAAAACCAGUUACAUCAGUGAAAGGCCCUUAAAGAAUUAAUCACGAUCCAUCAGAUAAAGAUCAUCAGAAUGGCCAAUAGACAGCCGAAUAUGGAUGAACUUCCACCACCCAAGGCCGAUUUCAGUGCUCCGCCACCGUACGAGCUCUCAAGUUCAGAUCUGCAUGAAAUACCCCAUAGCAAAUUGCCCACAUACGAAGAAGUUCAAAUGGAAAAAUCCCUCAAUGGCGAACUGCCACCCUCAUUGACCGCCCACUUAGCAAUGCCACCACCACCUCCGCCGCCACCACAUCAUCAACUCACCCAAACUCGAACCACCAGCACCGGCACCCAGCCUGCUCUCACAUUCAUUGCAAUCGACACAUCCGAUGCCGAGAAUCUCACAAGUGAUCACAGCCUCCUGGGAACAGAUAUCAUUUUCCUGGCAGCAUUCAUGGUAGCUUUCCUCUUCAAUUGGAUUGGAUUCUUAAUGUUGACUUGUUUUUGUCACACAAUUGCCGCCCGAUACGGAGCUCUAUCGGGUUUCGGUCUGUCGCUGGCUAAGUGGACCCUGAUUGUCAAACACUCCACCGAUCUCGCUUCACACGAAAACUCCUGGUUGUGGUGGCUGAUCAUGGCCUUUGGCUUUCUGAUUUGUGUCCGUGCACUCGUCCAGUAUAUCAGCAUCAAGCGUACUUGGCGGUUGCUGUCUGCUUCGGCGCAGGAGCGCCUGUUAUUUUUUUACUAAUCAUAAGGACAUUAGUGUAAUUAAUUUUUAAACCAUAUAAAAGUCGCUAUCGUCGAUUAUAUACAAAAAAGAAAAAACUAAGAUUACUGUAAGAGGCGCAGACACCACAUUAUUUAUGUAAAUGAUAUGAAAUUGAGAUGAGAGAUAUAUGAGAAAAAUGUGUAAAAUGGAAUUAAUUGCUGCAGCUCAUAUUUUAUACAUUUUUAGUUGCAGAUUCCAAGCGAAUUGAUAACUAAACAUUAGUAACUGCACUAAAAUACAAAACCCCACAUUCACACAAAAACUAUGGUAAACUAUUUGAAACCUGAGUUCUAUGAAAAUACCAACAACAAAAGCAAAACAGAAUUUUCAAAAAAGAAGUGAUGGUGCUCUACAACAUGUGAAUUGAAUUUGCAAAAAAGAUUGCGCUCACCCCCCAGCAUUUUAUGUAUAUAACUGAGUGGAGACAAAGAGAGACCAACUAAACCAAUCGAAGGAGUGCACCAGGGGGUAGCAAUUAGCAAGUAACUAUUUAAGUUCUAGUUAAAAUUGAAUUAUGUUGCUUGCAAUGUGAUUUUAGAUUAUGUAUUCCAAGGAUGUUGUCGUAGUGGUUAAUAUUUUUAAAAAAAUGCAGUUUUAGCAUAAACAAACAAAUGUUUUAAUGUGCUUGCAAAAUAAAUCCAAAAAGCAGUUGAAAAAUUUUAAACAUUUUUCAAAAAUAAAAACAAAAAAAUACAAACUUUAAAAACAACAAAAAAAGUCCCAAGUCAAAAAUGCUGGUAAUUGUACUCUUUUCUUUUUGUAAUUGUAUAAAUGUACAAGAUUUACAUGCAUAUUAUUUUUAUGGAAAAUAUAUUUACUAACUAAUUUGGUCGUAAUUUAAACAAACAAAAUAAACAAAAAUGCUUUUUAUUAUUGAUGUUUCAA